AGGGCGAUUUGCUUCUUUUGCAUGAUAAACAUGAGAUCGAGGACGAAAAGCUGCCUUCUAUCUUCGGUUUUCACGAUAUCUUAUUAAUCACCAUGCAUUUUGUCGCUUCGCUCGUCACGACUGUGGUGCUUCUUGCGCCAUCUGUGUCCGCCGUGUGUCUGGGAGCUCCGGGUGAAUCUCAGACAUGCAGGAACAGAUUGGAGCUUUAUGGCAGAUCCACGCCCAAGGGUGACAAGUAUUUGAUUGGUGUUGGCAAAGCGGACAUCACUGGUCCUAUUGUUGAGUUGAGCCUGGCGGGUUACGGUAAGUUUGAACAGAGCGGAAGUGGGUUGCGACAGAGACUCUACAGCCGGGCAUUUGUGGUGGCAGAUGUGAAUAAUCCCAAAGAUCGCGUUGCAUAUCUUGUGUUGGACGACUUGGCAGGCGAUACCGCUGUAAGAUAUGGGUUGUUGGAGGCAAUGGCUGCCAUGGGCGGCGAUUAUGCGCUGUACACUGGGCACAAUGUCGCCAUGACAGCCACACACACGCAUUCUGGCCCUGGAGGAUGGUUCAACUACUUGAUUCCCCAGGCGCCAACAUUUGGUCUGGAUAAGCAGAGCUAUCAGGCCAUCGUUGACGGUGCUGCGCUGUCUAUCAAGCGUGCUCAUGAUAGCCUAGAAGAAGGAUAUCUCGAUGUUGCGACUGCUGAAGUAACAGACGCUUCGAUUAACCGCUCCCCAUCCUCCUAUCUGAUGAAUCCAGAAGAAGAACGAGCCAAGUACCCAUCCAUGGUGGACACCACCAUGACGGUGCUGCGUUUCCAGCGUGCCAGGGACUAUAAGACUGUCGGUAUUCUCAACUGGUUUCCCGUCCAUGGAACAUCCAUAUAUAAUAACAACACGCAUGUUGCCGGUGAUAACAAAGGCGUCGCAGCGUGGAUGUUUGAAAGGUCUAUGGAUGGUUAUGAUACGGCCGCUGAAGGUUUCGUCGCAGGUUUCAGCCAGUCCAACGAAGGCGAUACCUCCCCAAACAUUGAGGGCGCGUGGUGCGAUGACGGAACCAACGUUAUGUGUGAUGUCGCAACAAGUACCUGUAGCGAUGGUACGUCAGAGAGAUGCCGUGGGCGCGGGCCGGCGUUUCGCGAGAACGAUGCUGGAAUAAAGAGCUGCUAUGAAAUCGGCAAACGACAGUAUCUUGGUGCAAGAGAAGCACUUGAUAAAAUGGAAACAGACCCGACGCCAGUCAAAGGUCGUGUGGCCGGUUUCCACUUCUUCCAAGACUUGGGCAACUUCAACUUUACUCUUCCUGACGGAUCGCCUGCUGCUACUUGCCCUUCAGCCUUUGGAUACGCCACAGCAGCUGGAACAACAGAUGGCGAGGGACUCGGUGGUUUUGUUCAGGGAGUCUUUACCAAUCUGCCGUCAAAUAUGUGGACGUGGUUCUUCACUACUGUUGGCCGAGCAAGUGCUGAGCAGGUUGCUUGCCACGCCCCCAAGCCCAUCCUAUUGGACGCUGGCCGUCUAUCAAAGCCAUACCAGUGGGAGCCCAACAUGGUAGAUAUUCAGGUUCUGAGAAUUGGGCAGAUUGUCGUCGCCGUGAGCCCGACUGAGAUUACAACCAUGGCCGGUCGCCGCUGGCGAGAUGCUAUUGGUGCAAAGGCCGCCUCAAUCAUUGAUGAAAACGCCAUCCCGCUUGUGGCUGGUCCCGCAAACACGUACGCCCAUUACAUGACGACAAAAGAGGAGUACGGUGCGCAGCGUUACGAGGGCUCGUCCACGUUAUACGGACCCAACCAACUCGCAGCGUUUAUCAACCUGACAGUGGAUAACUUGCAUCAUCUUGCUACUGGCUCCGAUAUUUUGCCGCUUCAAACUACCUUUGCGCAGGAUAAUCGCCAGUCGUCUUUGUCGCUAUACCCAGGCGUCUUUUACGACCGCCAUCCUGGGUCAAAGCCAUACGGAGCGGCCCUAAGGCAGCCACGCAAGACAUACUCCAGAGGCGAAAAGGUCUCGGCUUCGUUCCAAGCGGCUAACCCCCGCAACAAUCUGCGGCAGGAAGAUACAUAUGCAGCUGUGGAGAUGCUAGUCGGUGGAAAGCGGUGGGUGAGGGUGCUUGACGACGACGAUUGGUUCCUUAUUUUCACGUGGCGCAGAACAAGCCUGGUUCUUGGUUACAGCGAGGCGGAUAUAGCAUGGGAGACGAACCGGGACGUUGAACCAGGGACUUACCGGUUCAGAUACUACGGUGACUCAAAGAGCCUGUUUGGCGGUGUGCAGCCGUUUGAUGGUGUAUCUGAAGCGUUUAGCCUGAUUUGAUACAGUGCGGUAGUCUGAUAGUAGCCUUUCUAAUAACAAUUCGUGACUGGCCAACAGUCGCUGCCUGGUUCUUUUGCAGCAUACCUCUAUGGUUCAGUUAGGUAGUCGCCGAAUGCAGGAGCAGCGCUUAUGUGUGGGGUCAGCUAUCACAAGAUACUGUUCAAUGCU